AUGCACCGUAGAAUCAAUCAUGCAAAUGUGACCUUCGCCCGGGCUGAAGAUGCUGCCGCGUUCCUCGAGUACGCUCAGGCAGAGCCCUUCUUCAUUGGCGGACACCACACUUCGCUCGACUGGGCUACGCAGCCCUACGUGACUCCCGAGUACGUCCGCGCCCAGGUCAACAGCGGCGACGUGAGCCGAAACCUCGUCAUCCUGGCCGUCCGGCCCAAUGUCACAGAGACCGUGCUACGGCGUGAUCUCGCCCACAUCCACAACUUGACCGUGAUCUCGGUCAAGUUCGAGGACGGCAACGCGUACAUCUCAACGAACUCGGUCGGCGGCGCCCUCUAUGCGCGGACGUGCCUCAAGUCGCGCAAGCUCUACAAGGAUAUGUGGGUUGGGUUCUACAAGGACGAGUGCGCGGGCCCGCUGCCGCCGCGGGUUCCUCACGCCGCAGCCCGCGUGCCUCCCGCGAAACGAGGAGCCGUUUAUAAUCCGUAUGAGCUUUUGUCCGGAAGUGAGUUCGUUCUUGGCAGCAGCGAGGAUGACGAGGAGUGA